UAGCGUCUGCGAGCACACACGUUGAUAUAUAACACUGGUGGUUAAAUCAAAGUGCGCCUUCUUGUUUACAAAGACGAAUGUUUGCUUCGCGUAGCUUAAUGCGUGUCGUGUUUAUCGUCAGCUGUCCCGGCUAAAGGCGGUCGGUCGCCUGUUGCUGACGCGUUUACUUUUGACAUUGGCAUGGACCGCGACAGAAGGUAUUCGCUAUAGUUAUGGCUCUUCCUCAACUGGCAAGAUCCCUGACUGGGCUCUUCGUAGAGACGUCGUCCAUAAUUCAUCAGAGGGCCUUUAGUGUAUCCGCCGUUGCAGCAGCCAUUCAAAAAAUGACGAGAGUGCGAGUGGUCGACAACAGCUCUCUUGGGAAUACACCGUAUCAUCGCGCGCCAAGAGUGAUCCACGUCUACACCAAGAAUGGCAUAGGAAAAGUUGGUGACAAAGUGUUGCUUGCCCUCAAAGGGCAGAAGAAGAAAGCACUUAUCGUUGGACACAAAAUGCCUGGAAAACGCAUGAGUCCACGCUUUGAUUCGAACAAUGUUGUUCUGAUUGAGGACAAUGGGAACCCUACAGGAACAAGGAUUAAGGUCCCUUUACCUACGCAUCUACGUAAAAUGGAGGGAGAUUACUCUAAAGUCCUAGCAAUUGCUAGUUCAUUUGUUUAAUAACAGCAUCAUUCAACUGUGAUUUGAGAUUUACUGUAAAUUUUACAUCUGCUGGGGAUAUAUGAACUUUUAUGUUCUUCAGUAAGCUUUGAUUGUCUCUAUACAAUAUUCCUUUGUUACUAAAUCUAUGUAGGACUCAAGUCGUCAACAUGUUUGACAUUUUACUGAGGCCUCUAUGCUUACAAUAAACAUAACCUUUUCCUAAAG